GGAAGAAGUUGGUGCGACAUGCCCGUGCUACUUCUGCGUUAAACGUCAUCCAUAAACAUAGUGGGCUUACAUCCCGGACACCCUCGCUUUAGGUCUUCGACGUUGUCUUGAGUUGAACACGUAACCUCCACUACCAGGUUUCCUCCAAAAAGUUUGCCAAUUAUCUACAAAGUCCACACCAUUUGCAGGACACCACCUCGACAGCCAGCGGUUAAAAGUCUGGGUGAACAUCACAGCAGCAGAAAGGAGGAGGAGGAGAACAGAGGGAAGAUCAUGCAGCGUAUUCUGACUCCUGGGACACUGUUGCGUAUGGCAGCAGUGCGCCCACUGCUGGUUGACAUCACCCUACCUAAGCCAGCAGUAGCAUUGUGCUGCUGUGCUGUCCGUCUGAUACCAAUGCCAUCUGCAGGCCAACACUGGCUCUCAACCUCAGCCUCCAGCAGGGAGGCACAUCAGCCGAAACACCAGCCACCACAGGAGGAGCCUAAGUCCCAAAAGGUUCAGAGAGGGGAGGCUAGUCCUGAUGCUGCAGAGGUGGAUCCCCUGCAGGACAAGUCCAUCGGCCUGUUCCAGAGGUUUAAGAGGACCUUCAAACAAUAUGGGAAGGUGAUGAUCCCUGUACAUCUAGUGACGUCCUCGGUCUGGUUUGGAACCUUCUAUUACGCUGCUAUGAAAGGUGUGAAUGUUGUGCCAUUCUUGGAGAUAAUGGGUCUACCGGAGACAUUAGUGGGCCUUUUGAAAAACUCUUCGAGUGGCUACGCUCUGACUGCAUAUGCCAUGUACAAGAUUUCCACUCCUGCUAGAUAUACAGUAACUCUGGGUGGCACAUCACUAUCAAUUCAGUAUCUCCGCAAACACGGCUACUUGUCCACGCCACCACCUGUAAAAGAAUACAUCCAGGACAAAAUGGAGGAGACAAAAGAGAAAUUUACAGAAAAGAUGGAGGAGACGAAGGAGAGACUGUCAGAGAAAAUGGAGGUUACAAAGGAACGGAUCUCUGAGAAAAUGGAAGAGACUAAGGACAAGCUUUCUGAGAAGCUGCAAGAAACCAAAGACAGAGUCUCUGAGGGAAAAUCAUUUUUUAGAAAGAAAAAUGAUUAGCGAAACACAUUGACAGGUUGACAAUUCCUCACUUCUGAGACUGGGAGGAACAGAGAGAGACAUUGCACUGUCUUAGGUCAGAAAUCACCUCAAGUAGUUAGCUUUCACUUGUUGUCUGUUUUAAUUGUCAGAUUCCUUUCUUAUUGUCUAAACCCUGCGACUGCUAGUGUUGACAAGACAGCAGCUUUGUCUCUCUGAUUUUACACAGGCUCAAGUUAUCUGGACUUCAACUCUCUGCUGGCUGUUUCAUGAAGAGGCAUGCGCAUAUUGCGCAUGUCCUCCGCAGGACAUGUCUGAAAAUGUCUUAUGAGAGAGAGAGAGAGCAGUCCUAAUGCAUCUGGGUGUUGAGAAAAUAAAGGUUGAAGUUUGUGGUUACUUAUGUGUCCUAGUCCAUCAAAGUCUUUCAGAAGAAACUUUUAAAACCUUAUUUUUUUUCUCAUGAAAUGAGAAAGAAAUAGUUUUCUGAUGUAUUUUUGUCUCAUAGCCAAAACGAUUAUUUUCCUGUCUGUAUCACUUUAUGUUGUGGAUGAAAGUCCAUUCAUUUUUUGGAGACUGCUUUUGAGGCAGAAAUUGUCACAGUGCAUGUCAGUUUACAUGUGAUGAGUUAUUGGUCCGGUAAAUUGAGUCAUGUAAACAUGGUGGGUCUAGUAUUGUAGAUGCAGUCAUAUGUAUGAACACAGGAAGUACUGUGAAUUACAGGGAUAUAAGAAAGUGGUUACAUCGUCCUCCCUGCCGGCUAUCUCAGCUGGCAGGCUGGACACUGUAACCACUCUCCUUGCUUUUCUAGUAAAUAGAAAAUGUUGUCUGAAUUUCAAACAGAUAGUGGUUCAAACUACAGAUGAAUAAAAUAAAUUGCAAAUCAA